GUUGUGGAUAAAAACGAAAACGAACCAACGGCCACUGUCUCGACCACAGCGCCAACCCAAGCCUUUAUCCCCUCAAUCCUUAAGUUCAGCUACAGAUUAAUUAAUUCACCAAACAAACAAAAAACCAAAACAAGAGUCAGUUUGUGUGUCUGUCUUCCCAGAAUCUCACUUCGAAAACAUGGCCACACCCACACCCACACCCACUAACUUUGUCAUGAGGUUCGCUUUCGCUUAGCAUGGAGGCACGCAGGCUCGCCAUUCUCUGUUCCCAUCUCUGCCCCGUCGGUUCGGCUCAGGGUGGGAGUCCGUCCCGAGUCUCUCGCGUUUCCCAUUCGGUUUGUGCUUCUGGUUCUGAGGAGAAGGAUCAACGAAACGACUGCGUUUUCUGCAAGAUUAUACGCGGGGAAUCACCGGCUCUGAAGCUCUAUGAAGAUGAUGCAUGCUUGUGUAUACUGGAUACCAAUCCACUGAGUCAUGGGCAUUCUCUUAUCAUUCCGAAAUCUCAUUUCCAUUCAUUAGAGGCCACUCCACCAUCUGUGGUAGCUGCAAUGUGUUCAAAAGUGCCUUUUAUCAGCAGUGCAAUAAUGAAAGCUACCAAUUGUGAUUCAUUCAACUUAGUAGUUAACAAUGGUGCAGCUGCUGGCCAAGUUAUAUUUCACACUCAUAUUCAUAUAAUUCCUCGUAAGGCACGUGAUUGCUUGUGGCCUUCUGAGAGUUUGCGGAGGCAUCCCCUAAAGUUGGACCAGGAAACUGUUAAACUUGUAGAUUCUGUUCACAAAGUGCUGUCACUGUCAAGCAACACUGAAGAUAGCAAGGAUCAAGGAUCCAGGAUCUAGUCUCACCAAAAUUCAGCGCAAUCAUUGAUCUGGUGUUUGUUGUUUAUACUAUGAUGGUAUGUACCUUCUGAACAUGUACAGAUCUUUGGCUUGACUUGCACAAAUGGAUCGUCGUCGUCGUCGAUAAAUUGAAUGAGCUUAUAUGAAAAGGUUUUAAGACAUGCCCCCCCACACACACAGGAGAGGAGAGGAGAGGAGAGGAGAGGAGAGAGAGAGAGAGAGAGAGAGAGAGAGAGAUUGCAUGGAUUUUGCCUCAAUAGCAUUACUUGAAGCCGGUUACUGGCUAUGGCUAUAGUCAUUACUAUUGUUCGAAUUAGUCGAUUUUGUACCACAACAUUUGGGUUCUUAUUGUCCUAUUUGUGUUUUAUGUCCUUGAGAUUUUUAAUAUAUAUGUGAAGCCCUUAUUAGUGAGUGUUUGACUCAAAUUGGUUCUUCUGGAGUCUGGACAUCAUCUUUUGACCUUUUGAUCCUCCUACUUCAGUGUCCCAAUUUCAAUGUUAAUCUGAGGCACGCAAGGGUGUUUUUAUUUGGAAAAAUCGAAUCUAGAAUGGACGUGAUAGAAUUAAGAAUAAUUCUAGCGGAUGCUUUGCUUGGGCCAUGUGAUUGUGAAUGACUUCCUGGAUUGGUGUCUGAUGGAGAUGAACUCUAUAUUUUUGUACAGCUUGUCGAGACAACCUUUAUUCGGUGGACCAUUGGAUCCCCAUUGGGACGAAAGCAGGCAAAAUUAAAGAACUAAGGAGCUCCAUGUUGUUCAUGAAAAUGAACCAACUCAUGCACCAUUUCAUAUGGAUUGCCUGAUGUCUUGCCCGGAUUUGAUACUGCUUCGUUUAGAUAUGUUGCCGGUGCGGGCGUUCGGGUCUAAAUGAAUCCUCUCCAUUUAUUCUUUGAUUAAUACUAUUAUCAUAAGCAUGUUAUUUACGACCUCACUGCAUUGAAA